AUGAACAGCAAGUAUUCCCUCCUCCCCACCUCCCGCCUUCGCUAUUCCAAAGGCACCGCCAAACACGCCCUCUUCCGCUUCCUCGCCCGCCGCGUCGUCGCCGUCGUCGCCACCAUCACCGUCCUCGUCCUCGUCUUCCGGGCUCUCUGCUGUAGGCCAGCACACACUCCUGCCACCUCAAGACCACAAACGAAGCCCCUCGGAGACAACCAUGCGAUCCUGCCCCCACUAUACUCUGGGUACCACCGUGACAUCUUGCGCCUCCCUCAACAUCGAUGGGAACGUACCAUGCCCGCACCGUACGAGAAAUUCUUCUUCGUUGCCGGUCACGCCGAGAAUACCGGCUGGGGAAACGGGAUGGAGGAACUCGUGAUGAACGGGUACAUGGCCUGGAAGGCUGGACGAUCGCUCGUCAUCGGGAACUACACAUGGAACUCGGACGGCAGUCCGUACUCUGAGUAUAAGGGGCAUCUGAUCCCCUCGAUGAUCCCGUACAAUGUCAUCACGAGAGGGUACCUCACUGGCGAUCCGCUCCCGGAAGGUGACAACGGACCACUCGUCGUCAGCCGCCACUACUUCGAACAACUCUGUCCGGAUCCCGAGAUCGUCCUCCGAGAAGAGGUUCAUGACCAUCUCGUUCACCCGCUCAACGCUAAGGAAGUCACUGAGGCAUGGGUCAAAAAGCUCAGGAGCAUCAGCAGCCCCUGCCUGCAGUCGGCGAAACGCUCCGGCCAGCUCUACGACUACAUGGUUCUCGGCGAUCCGGAUUCGAUGCACGACGUCUGGGACGAUUUCUCUAGCUCCCCCAUCAUCACCCACUGGCGCUGGUCACCGCUCAUCGAGCUCGCCUACGACAUGAACCGCGAGCUCUUCCAGCCGAGCGACACCACCGUCGAGCCCUUCUACGCCGCCAACACCGCCCUCACCAACAAGGCCCGCUACCCGCAGAUCCACGGCCUACUCGCCCUCCACGUCCGCCGCGGCGACUUUGUCGAGCACUGCGACAACCUCCGGAACUGGGCGUCGACGUUCCUCGGCUUCAACUCGAUGCACGACAUGCUGGACCGGUUCGAACCGCGGCCGCCGGGGGACCCGGACCUGAACGCGGUGUAUAUGCCGCGGUGCUGGCCUACGGUUGAGCAGAUCGUGAAGAAGGUGCACCAGGUGCGGCAGACGCCUGCGGGGAAGGGCCUGAAGCGGGUGCACAUUAUGUCGAACGGGCGCCCGGAGUACCUGGCCGAGCUCAAGCAGGCGCUGUGGAAGGAGGGCGGAUGGGAGGCGGUGGUGACGAGCCGGGAGAUGCUGCUGAACUGGGAGCAGAAGCAUGUGUCGAUGGCGGUGGACAUGCUGAUCGGGCAGCGGGCGCAGGUGUUCAUCGGGAAUGGGUUCUCGACGUUGACUUCUAACGUCGUCAUGAUGCGGAAGGCAAACGGGUUCUCGGCGGGCAGCUCACGGCUCUGGUGA